AUGGGCAAUCUAUUAAGUAGGAAAAAUUUUAUUGCUGGGAUGUAUUUUAUGCAUACCAAGCGUACACGCAAAGGCGAGAAAGGUAGGCGUUACACAUCAAGAUUAAACGCUCCAUUUAAUCGAAUUACAUUCCUACCAAUAACAAUUAUUGUUUGCCGAGAUAAUAAUGUCAAUAACAACAACAAUACUGACAACACUAACAACAACACUAACAACAACAAAAUUGACAACAACUACGGUGACAUUACUAAAAGCAACAACAUUAAUGUCAACAAUAACAAUUUAAAAAACAAGAAUGACAUGAGUGUUGAAAUUAAUGUCAUCAGCAACUCUGACAUCAGUAAAAAUAUCAACGAAGGCAUCAGCAACAUCAAUCACAACAUCAUCGACAAAAUUAAUACGAGCAGCAAUAGCAACAACAACAACAAAAGCAUCCAAUCAGGCAAUUUAAUUUUACUGGCGACUGAACAUUUUCUCUUGCAACAUGUACAUCCCCGAUCUCGCCUGAUUGACAUGGCGGAAGUAGAACAAAACGGAAGUGACGUAAGCGUCGUUUUUCCAACGUCAACCGACAAAAGCGCCAGCGACGACGAUGGCGCAGAAAUUUACAUCGUGAAAGCGGAAACCUUUGCAACAGAAAUUUAUCAUGUUGGCUCGUAUCGAGCUGUCAAGAAGAGUGGAGUGAAUGGAUCACGUGAUUUUAACAUGACGUCAGCAAUUGCGCAACAGGUCAGUGCUUUGAUGCAAGAUAAGCACUUCACAAACAACAACAAUAACAACAACACCAACAAUGAUGAUGACGACGCCAUCAAUAUGAACAACAAUAACAUUAAGAGCAUCAACAACAACAUCAACAACAAUGAUAAUGACAUCAUCAAUAUAAGCAACAGUAACAAUAAAAACAUCAGUAACACGAAAAAUAACAAUGAUAACGACUACGUCACAAACAACAACAACAACAACUUACAAACGAACAUAAAAGAUGACAUUAACUACAUUAAUAAAACGAGCCAGCCAGACAUACUCUCCUAUAAAAACAUCAACAGUAACGCGACUAGCGAUUUAAAUGCUGGCGACAACAAUGGCGUCAAAAUUAACGUUAAUAACAAUAAUAAUAAUAAUCUUAAUGAUAAUAAUAACCGUGACUAUAAUAACCUCGUUAAUAAUAAUAAUAAUAAUAACAACAACAAAGUUGCCAUCAACAUCAGAGAGUACAUUCGAAGAAUUUUUCAUUCGGGAUACAACAACAACAACAAUAUUAAUAACAUUAAUAACAACAACAAACAUAACAACAACAUCGUUAGUGACAACCUCAACAACAACAUCAUCAUCGACAACAACGCCGACAAAAACAUUACCAACAAAAACAACAACAACAACAUCAUCAUCAUCAGCAACAACAUUAUUAACAACAAAAACGGCAACAACAACAUCAGCAGCAACAACAACAACAUUAACAUAAACAUAACCAACAGCAACUACAACGACAUUAACAGGGCGAGUAUCAACAACACGAACAAUAAUGAUCAAAUGACGAUUUCAAAGAAUAAACUCGUAAAACAAAGUUACAUAGAAGCCGAUCCAACAUUCAUUAUUCAUCCCGUCAAACAAACGCAUAUAAAUUCCAAUAAUUAUACUACCAACAACACUAACAACAGCAAUUACACUCUCGACAACAACAACAACAACAUUAAUAACAACACCGUGGACAUCAUCGUUAACAACCAUCAGGAUAUAAAUACUGACUUUGCCAUAAACACCUUUUACACAUACAACCACACAAACAACAGCAUAGACAACAAUAUGAUCAACAACAACAUAUACAACAACAACACAGACAACAACAACACAAACAUCACAAACAACAACAUAAACAACAAUUACUCUGAAAUCGCCGGCUCUGGAAUGCAUGAAAACAAAGUCGUAAAUAAAGUGGCGAUCCUGGAUUCACUAAAAUUACCGCCAACGUUGUCGCCUGCAUCAUCAUCAACAUCAUCGUCGUCGCCACUAUCAUCAUCAUCGUCGUCGUCAUCACAGUUAUCAUCACCAUCAUCGUCUCUGCCACCUUUGCAGCAAAUAGUAGAAGAGAACCAACUGCAAUCUGGUCCAUGUGAUGUCGCGUGCCCGGAAGAAGACUGCUCUGAUUGGUCAGUCUGUAGGAAUGGCGGAAAAUGUAAUGACGUCACGGGAUAUGAUAGUGGAGCAAUCGUGAGAAAGCAUUGGUGUAAGUGUCAGUCUGGAUUUCAAGGAACUGACUGUGCCAAAAAGGUUGUUGCUGGUUACUGA